AUGAUGGGGCACAACACUAGUCCUUAUUGGCUCACUGCUUCAAUGCAAGCUGGCAAUACACAACCACCUCCACCACCACCACUCCUUCCUUCUCAAUCCACGCCUACGACAAAUUAUCUUCGCUCACCACGUCAUGGUCGACGUUGUCACAGUAUGAUAGCCGACAGUGUUUCAAAUACGACUACCAACAACACCACGGGUACCAGCACCAAUACUGCUGCUCCUUUACGCCAUCGUCGAAUAUCAGCCCCGCACAUGAAUGGACAUGAGCAACAACUUGAAUCGCGACAUGCCGAGAAAAUGCGGGUGAAACGAAAACCACUUCCUCAACAAAUAGUGAUACCACGCGACAUUGUACAGCAACCAGCUACUACGAAUAACAAUGAACCUAUCCCGAGACCCCAACGACCACUCAAUACACCUCCCCAACAACAGCAUCAACGUCUGUUGCUACGUUCCCCGCUUUCGGAUCGAUGCAAUCGGGUUUAUGCAGAUAAUACUAGAUCCCCGGUUGUCAUGGAACUACCACCAUCACCACCAUCCACUGUUUCAUCAUCCUCGCACACACCCAAACAUCCCACAUUUUGGAAUCCACGUAUGGAAACAAGUACACAUCCUGUAACUCCAUUGCAUCGCAACUUGUCACGACGCCUUAAAGGUCUAUUACAACCACAAAAAUUGCGUGUUGAAGGUGCUUCCAAAGAUCAGCAUGCUGCAUUAAGAUCAUGGAGUGUGGAUAGACCAAUGACACCUAUUCAUAAUGUCAUUGCAAAGACAACAGCUACCAAUGCAACAAUGGCACGUCCUAAUCCUUUCCUUAUUCUAAGUCAUACGUUACCGGUAGCUGAUGAAUUAGGCUUGGAUGACGAUGACCCGCAUGAUUACACUCAAAUCGACACUUACGCCGCCAAUGUCAACCAACGAGGUCCCAUGUUGACCCCCAGCAUUUUAGCACAAAAAUUCCUUGCUCGGCCAUACCGACGCGAUCUAUACAAGAUUCGUUCUAUUUUCACUUGGGUCGUACAAAACAUUACCAGAGAGAUCGAAUGCACCAUGACGACAGAAAACGACAUGAAUGAAUCUGCCGAAUCCGUGCUUGCAACUCGUUACAGCAAAACACCAGCAGGCAUUGCUCGUUUGUUUUGUGCCAUGGCACAUGCUGUUGGUUUCAAUGAAGCCCACAUUGUCCAAGGAUAUCUACGUGGUAUAGACUCGAUUGAAUCAGCCUUUGGAUCUGAUGGUUCUCCAAUAACAAACCAUGUUUGGUGUGCAGUGCAGGUUGAAGGCGAAUAUCGACUUGUCGAUUGCUGGUUAGCAUUACCACAAACACCAGGCAACAAUGAUGUGAUGGAGACACAUUGGUUUCUUUGUCGGCCAUCCAACAUGAUCUAUACCCAUUUCCCAAACGACAAUGCACAUCAGUAUUUGGAACCACCUAUCAGCCUGACAACAUUCUUUUCGUUACCCUAUGUAUGCAUGCCUUAUUUUUGGCAUCAUGUACAAGUAUUGGAUUAUGAUCCUGGAUGCCUUGAUCUUGUCAACGAUGAGAUUUGUCACUUGACACUCUCUGUGGAUCCUGACAUUGCAUGCUAUGCGGAAGUUGAGAUGCGGACAACGUUACAACAAAAUGCAACGUUUACAACGCUUGAAACGAUGCGCGGCCUUGCACAAUGUUAUACAUCCCCUGAAGAUGGCACAACCCGAUUAUGCAAAAUCAAAGCUACGCUACCACCUGAUCAAUGGAUGGGAUGGCUCAAGAUUUAUGCAGGUCCUCGUUUGACACAACCACAACAAAAGAUCACAUCUCAUCAUUAUCCUCUUGCCCUUUGUUUUCGAUUGACCAGACAAUGCAUGAAUAGUACUACCCAAGAAAGCAUCAAUACGGCCGUAUCGUCACCCGCUGCACCUUUUGAAUUUGUUCAACUACACGUGUGCCAAUACGAACUUUACGUCCAGGAACCACAAUGCUUCCAUUUAUACCCAUUACAAACAUAUACAUUCCGCGUCAAGAGCGAGCAUAGUCAUCACAAACUCGCCAUCCGCAACCCCAACGGUCGAUUAUUCAAGCUAGUGUAUCAUCCCCACGAUCAUACAUACGAUGGUAGUGUCAAAGUUACGGACAUUGGCCAAUGGUCACUUGUAUGUUUAUUACAUCAUGCGGGUGGUUUAUAUGUGGCAGCUAGCUGGGAAUGCAAAGGCUAA